AUGGCAGACAUUCGUGCAAUGUCCUCGGUCCAAGCCACCGUGGCUUUUGGCCAGAAGCUUGCAAACCUCUUGCAGACUCUCGUUGAACUCAACCCGAGAAGAGGAGUUGAUUUGGAGGAAGUGAUGCAUGAUAUCCUUGGCACGUCUGGCACUCUCCGACAGAUACAAGACCUUAUGGGUCUUGAUGAAGCGAUAGGGUUUGGACAAACUGCACAGUCGACUGUUACCCCCGCGUACCUGAAUGAAAUCGAAACUUUGGCAGUCAAGUGUGACUUGAUCUAUAAGACGAUCAUGCUAAUUGCCCAGAAGGCUGUUGCCAGAGAUAAAGCUAAGAAAGACGAUGCCGAGCUUCCGAACCUUGAGAACUUGAAGAGUGAAUUGCUCGUCAGCCCAAUUCCCGAUCCUGGCUCGAUCAAGUCCAUCAGGCUGUUCGCAAUAGUCGGGUCAGAUGACCAAGAGAGAUGGAUCGACUCACGUAUUGAGCGUUGCCAGGAGCAGCUGCAAUGGAUCAGGAUGGGUUUGCUUGUCCAUUUGCACAUACUCAAACUUGCUCAAUUACAGAUCGGGUCUGUCGAACGCGACACAGGCGCAUUCGAGCAAGAGCUCAUAUCUAGAAGUGCUGUGCAACUACUGCGAAAGAGGCAAGUGAAGUUCACCAAGAGAAAGGCGCGGCAACAGGAAAGCGCUCAACGACAAUGGGAGUUACGGAGACAGGUAGACGACUCUGAUACCGAGUCUGUCACGAGCGUAGCAAGUUCGCAGAGGUCCUCCGUCACGGCUAAAACAGCCGUCGACGAAGAAGCGUCUGUCAAAGGGGAGACGCCCAUGGCCAAAUCUGCCGCCGAAUUCUUAGAGAUAGACAAAAAUAGACCUAUUUCGACGAACAACAUUAACCAAAAGGACGGCGCUGCCGGAAAGCAAGGUGAAACCAUGGCACUCAGCGCUGACAGCGCGGGUGGCUUGGUUUCCCGCAGUGGAAAAGCAAAGGCACUGAGCGCUUCAAACUUGAGGAGCAAAUUGGAAUUCAAUCUUCCUGCCUACUUCUUUGACUGGAAACAAAGGAUCUUCGGAUCAGACGACAAGUUCAAGACCGACUGGCCGAGCAACAACCUCGAGGCUUAUAUCCGUCAUAUUCACAGCUUUGGAAAGUCUACGAAGAUUCCCUUCGGUCACAAACGGCUUCAAUAUGGUCUGAGUAAGGUGAUAAAGGAGGGCCAGAAAGGGAGCUCGACCUGGAGCCAAUAUAUUGACCUGGGCCAGGUUACGCGCCUGGCGGUGGAUGAGGUCGUCGGGGAGGCGAACCGAAACCAAAGCCGCGAAAGAAUCUGUGUUGCAUUCCAUCAAUACGACAAGGAUUCAGCUGACCCUUUCAUCUUGGUGUUUCUCUCCCUCCGUAAGGAGCCGCAGCCUAUCUCGUUCAAGGAUGCAGUCGGACGCACCUACACUCUUCCUUUUGAGGCCUGUCGCACAUGGGAUGCCAUGAAAUGCACCAUUCUGGAGGCUUUCAAUCAUGUGGAGGUCAUCGGCCCUCACGUCAUCGAAGGCCAUUUUGACCUGAUAACAUCCAAGGGAGAUAUCAUACUGCCUCACCUCUGGAACACCACGAUCAAGCCUGGCGCAGCGAUUGAAAUGAGAAUGUGGCCAAAGGUGCCUCUGAGUGGAUUCUACGGGAAACCACCGUUUCUCAUCAACCCGCACGCGCCGAACGCUGACAACCAGGCCCGGCACGCUGCGAGAAUGCGUCAGAUGCAGCAGCAACGAAUGGCUGCUAUGAGGAAUUCAGCACCGAUGGCGCCGGGGAUGGCACCACCACCACCACCUCCUGGUAUGGGCUUCAGCUCGUACAGGCCACCGGGUGGCGUCUCACCUGGUCAUAGAUCUUUUGGAAACCGGCCCCCAAGCGUUGUCAUUGUGGAUUGUGCUCCCGCCAAAUACGAAGUCACCGAGAAGGAAGACGAGCAGAUCAUGUUCGUUGACUUCGUGGAAGAGCUCGAGAAGGACAAGACUACUACCGUUGCUGACCUCCUUCAAAAGUUCACAAACUUGAAGGAUGUACCGGAUGACGACUGUCUCGGCGAAUUCUUAACCUUAGGUUCUGACUAUGAUUCCGAUGAUUCUACGACCAGUAGUUCCUCUUCUGAGAUUAUCAAUGACUGA